AUGGCACGACGCGGAUCACCGAUCGACCUGCCGACGGACGACGUCCUCCGGUUCGCGAAAGCGCGCAAGCUGAACGCGGUCAAGGCGGCUGACAUGCUGCAGGCCGAUCUCGAGUGGCGGCAGGCGCGGCGCGUGGAGGAGCGCCGCGAUGAUGAGCCGGCGGAGGACAUCCUUGGAAAGCCGAUCGCGGCGCUGCAGCAGGUGCUACCCCACGUAUGCAGCCCGGGAGUCGACAAGCUGGGCCGUCCCAUCAUCUUCAAGCACUUCGGUGGCCAGUGCUCCUUUUCGCGCCUGUGCCCAGACCGCGAGAGCGUCGACCGGCUCUGCGAGUACAAUUGGUGGGUAAACGAGCAGUACUGCAAGCGGCUCGCAGCCCUUGGCGCGGAGCAGUGGGUUGUGGUCAUCGACGCCAAGGGCUGGCAGCCAGGCUUGAUCGAUCGGACGGCUCUGCGAGUGCUCAAGUCGAUGGCCGACACAGACGCCGACCACUACCCGGAGCGGCUCGGCGGAUUGGUCGUCGUGAACGCGCCGGCCUCGCUCGCCCUCGUGUGGCGAAUCGUCAAGACGUGGCUCGACGAGAAGACCAAGGCCAAGGUCGACAUCAUCUCCAGUUCCGACCCAAAACGCGCGACCGAGCGGCUGCACGGCCUCGCCGCGCCAGACCAGCUGCCGGAGCAGUACGCAGGUCGGCCGACCUACCCCUCCGUGCCGCCAAUCGACGGCAACGUACCCGUAUCACUCUCUUGGGACAGUAAGAAGACGCGUACGAUGGUCUGGUACGGCAAGAAGGCAACCAUGCGCAAGUCUUUCCAGUUUGACGAACACGACGAACUCACCCCGUUCAAUCAGCCGUUGGGUGAGUCUUCUGCUGCUGCUGCAUCGGACGCUGCGACGCUCGAAGCGAGCAUCCGCCAAGAGGAGGCACGCCAGGCAGGAGAGAUCUCCGAGAAGUACAUCAUGCUACCGAAGAGCUUCGCGACAAAGCGACUGGCGGAGUCGCUGGAGGUGUGGGCCGCGUGGCUCAAGGCGAAGCAGCUGGCCGCUGUCCGCGAAGAUCGGCGCGAGCAGUCGCUCGAGGGGCUCUACUGGCUGGCGGUGCUCAAGGGGAAGGCGUACACGCUAACCGAGGACACGGUCGUCAACACCGACACCAUCCCCGCGGGCUAUCUCGUGGUCAAGGCGCAGUGGCUCAGGCUCGAGCAACGCGAGUGCGAGGGCAAGCUUCGCUCCUACACGCUGCUCGAGGCCGAGACGCUCAUCAUCGUGAAUCACAUGGUGCGGCUGGCGGGCUUGCGCUUCUCGCCCGGCCCGGGCGGCCCUGCGGACCGCCAGCUGAGGAGCGCGCGCGAGAAGCUCUAUUAUAUUGGCCUACAGACGCAUUACUCGCUCGAGGCGUGCUGCAGUGAAGACCAGUCUUAUUGA